GCUCGCUCUUCCACGGGGCAAUAUCAGCAUCAACCCCACAGAGCUGCCGUGUACCACCACCAUAUGUCGGCAUGUUCUUGGCUUCCCGCUGAUGUUUAGACAGCUAUACAGCGGCUCCCUGCGGUUCUGUCCCUCUUGCUGUCUUCACACCCGCAAAGAAAAAAAAAAGGAAAACAACAAAAAGGAAAAACAAAGAGUGCCAACUAUCUUCAAUCGGCCAGGAGUAUCCACUGCCCAAGAGCACACCCAUAGUUGGAUUCCCAAAGCACAAGGGAAAAGGCUGCUUGGGAGAAGUACAUCGGUGUCUGCCAAAAGAGCUCUUCUUGAGCAUCUAGGCGAGCUUUACUCGGGCACAAGUGGCAUCGCCGGUCUCUCUCUCAUCCCCCCCUCACGUGGCCCCUGGGUCCAGUAGAUCACCCGAUAAACCCUGCCAGAUAGUCUCCUAGACGAACCGCACUGGCUUGAUGCAUUCAGCUACAGCUUUGGAGUGUAUCGUCGCCCCACUGCAGGCCGAGUCCAGAUGGACGAUUUAUUGUGACUCUUAGAGCCUCUGGGAUUAUUGUCCGCUCAACUGAGACCCUGCAGGUCACUAAUGCUGUG